AAUAACCUAACCUAGAUGCAUAUAUAUGUGUGGUGUGUGUGUGUGUGGUGUGUAACACUGGACGCCAUGUUGGAAUUUAGUUCCAUUUUACCAACGAGACUUUUCAGAGAGCGCCACAAAUGCUGGUACCACCGGGUCCCAUAGAAUUUAUAUGGCAGUUUGGUGGCCCUGGUUGCGAUCUGGCUCGUGGCGCGAAAGGCUCGUGGUCACGUAUUUGUGAAAGUGUUACUCAAUAAAAGUUCAAAGUGUUUCGUAUAAGUGUUUCACCCUCACUCUUCCCCACACGCUCUCUACAUCUGUGGCUGACAGCUCCGUUCCUUUACGUUAGAGGUCUAAUCUCGCUGAAGCGAUUAAUACUCUCGACGUCAGGAUUCCUCGUCAAAAGAAGACUCCCCUGCUGUCGCCUAGAACAUUCACUCUUGGCCAUUCGUACAAACCCAUUCAUCCAACAUUCUCACACACUAACGCAUACAUACCAAAGAAGCGUUUGCUAAACGCAAUCAUAACUUACAAUGUAAAGAUAGGUUAGAUAGAUAUAGCAGUACUAAAAGUCUAUACUUUAUGUCACAUGUGCUAUAUAUUCCAGUACUGGCAGUGAAUAUCGGAACGCAGUCUCUGAUUGGUUAAUUUAUCAGUCACAUGAUUUUAUUAGCAAGUUUUCUUCUAGCGAACAAAUAACGAAUGCGAAUAUUUGAUUGGUCAAUUGGCCGAACAAAAAAAAAUCAAAUUUACAAGAUUGAGAACAGUAGAAUUUUAUUUUCUUUCCUACAGUCAUAGAAGUUAAAAACUGCUAGACUUCCUACGUAAUACGGAUAGAUAAUUUUCCUACAACAGCUUAUUUUUAAACUACUAAGUUUAGUAGGAAUCCUACUGAGUUGGCAACACUGGAGACCUAACCAGCAGAUUUCUGACGGGUUCUUGACAAGUUUUGAUUGAAGAGCAUAUUGGAGCAUAUUUUCGGGGAUUUCAUUAAACAUGGCGCUUAACCUUAUCGUUAAAGUGCAUCCUGUAGUGUUGUUUCAAGUUGUGGACGCCUAUGAGAGACGAAAAGCAGAAUCGCUGCGUGUUAUUGGCACUUUAUUAGGUACUGUGGAGAAAGGAAUUGUUGAAGUAACUAAUUGCUUUUGCGUGCCACACAAAGAAUCCGAAAGUCAAGUAGAAGCGGAUUUGACUUACGGAAUGGACUUGUAUGAUUUGAAUCACCGAGUUAAUGCACAAGAGAACAUAGUUGGCUGGUGGGCUACUGGCAAUGAGGUCACUACGCAUUCCUCUGUUAUCCAUGAGUAUUAUGUGAGAGAAUGUAACAAUCCAGUGCACUUAACUGUUGAUACUACAUUGGCAAAUACCACAAGAAUGGCAAUUAAAGCUUAUGUGUGUGUCCCACUAGGAGUACCCAAUGGGAAGCAAGGUUCUAUGUUUACUCCAGUAAAGGUUCAGAUUACAUGCUAUGAGCCAGAAGUUGUAGGAUUGCAAUUAUGUUCCAAAACACAGUUUCAAUCUCACAUACAAGCGUCUGGAAUGAAAUCUGCUGGAGGAAUAGAACCCAUGAUGGAUCUUGCACAAGUCUCAGAAGCUUGUUUCAAACUUUCUUCAAUGUUAGAACAAGUGCUUACAUAUGUUGAUGAUGUUCUAGCGGGAAAACAAUUGCCAGAUAAUCAAGUAGGCAGAGCUCUUUUGGACAUGGUGCACUCCGUGCCGAAAAUGACUAGUGAUCAGUUUGACAAUAUGUUUAAUAGUAAUGUUAAGGAUCUCUUGAUGGUCGUAGCGUUAUCUCAAUUAAUAAAAACUCAAUUACAGCUCAAUGAAAAACUAACGUUACUCACAACUCUGUAAUUAAGUGUUUACUUAUUUACAAUGUAUACAUAUGUGUAAAGCAAAAAACUCAAUAAUAAUAAUAAUAGUUUUCAUA